AAUAUUUCCAAUCGACUACACAUAGAGAAAAUUUAUUUGUAGCAUUUUUAACGUACGAUUUUCUUGCUUAAAAAAACUAGAAAUCUUUUAUAAAAAUAAUUCGCGAUUAUAUUUACUACGAGUUUACUGCAUCUCUACACACAAGUUAAUCACAAUGUUUAGUAUUUUACGUUCCAAAUCGUUCGGCAAUGUUGCCCAAACUAUAAAACGCAUAUUACCGCAACUCCGUACGUACACCUCGCCAAUGGUAAACCAGACACUUCAGUUGCAACAAACCGAGAUAUGUGCGGAUCCACCUACACGUGGCCUAAUAUUGGGUGUCUAUGCCGAUGAGGAGAAUAAAUACGAUACAGGUAUUUUAACACCGUCUGCCUGGCGAUAUAAUGUGCAAAAAACUGGCGGCCGUAUGUUGGAUGUACUGCGCAGAUCGGGUCCAAUGCCGAAGCGUGGCGAAACACGUAUCUUAUUUGCAAUCGAACAAGAAAAGAUACCCUACUACUCAGCCGUGGCCAUUGUGGGUUUAGGUAAGGAAUGUUUGGGCUAUAACUCAUACGAAGUGAUUGACGAACAAAAGGAGGCGAUACGUAGAUCUGUGGCAAAUGCUUGCAUGGAGUUGGCUUACCUGGACACAUACAGCAUUGAAGUUGAAAAUUUGGGUCACGCUGAAUCGGCUGCAGAGGGCGCUGCACUGGGCAUAUGGGCGUAUCAGGAAUUAAAGGAUCCCAAGAAUCGCAUUAGCAUACCCACCAUAGAUUUAUACACGCACAAAGAUGAGAUUUGUGAUAUUGAAGGUUGGCGCAUUGGUUUGCAAAAGGCGGCAGCACAAAAUCUAACCAGACAACUGCAGGAAAUGCCUUCUAAUAUGCUUACACCCACUGCUUUUGCACAGACGGUUGUCGAAGUCCUAUGCAAGUCGGGCGUGAAUGUCGAAGUGAAGGUGGAAGGUUGGGCGGUGUCACAGUCAAUGCAUUCGUUCCUAUCGGUGGGUAAGGCCUCCUGUGAACCACCGAUUUUUCUCGAGCUGAGCUACUAUGGAACUUCAUCCGAGGAGCGUCCAAUAGUUUUGGUGGGACAAGGCAUCACCUAUGACAGCGGCGGUCUUUGUUUAAAGGAGCUGCAGGAAUUAGUGCAUAUGCGGGGUGACAUGACUGGUGCUGCAGUGGUUGUGGCUGCAUGUAGAGCCAUUGCCGGUUUACGUUUACCGGUGAAUAUACGAGGUUUGAUACCACUGUGUGAAAAUGUAAUUGGUUGCAAUUCCUUCCGACCCGGCGAUUGCACUAAAACAAUGAAUGGAAAAUACAUCGAAAUUCAAGGUACAAAUCAUGAGGACGUGUUGGUGCUGGCCGAUGCUCUCUUGUACGCGCAAAACUUUUGUCCCAAGUUCAUUGUGGACAUAGGUACGACUUCGGGAAUGAUGCGUAACGCGCUGGAUGAAGCUGCCUGUGGCAUCUUCACUAACUCGGAAAUUCUUUGGCAGCAAAUCAAACAUGCCAGCAUGCAUACUGGUGACAGGGUGUGGCGUUUCCCCUUAUGGGAUUACUAUACGAGGAAUGUAACAGUUGGUGGAGCGACCGAUGUGCAAAAUUAUGGAAUUGCACGUGGUGGACGUCCAUGUAAAGCGGCUGCAUUCUUAAGAGAGUUUGUACCAUGUGGACAAUGGAUACAUAUUGAUGCCACUAACGUCAUGGUAACCAAUGGUAAAAUGUUUGAGUAUUUACGCAAGGGUAUGGCUGGCAGACCAACACGCACAUUGAUUGAAUUUAUAGCACAGACCAUAUGCAAAGAUACAGCGCCAAAAUUGAAGCAAAAAAAGUAGGUGAUCGUGAGACUACGGAAGCGCGUCAAGCUUUCUGAGCUACGUCGUUUCGUUAAACAAUGCUACUUCUGUCACAGACUUAGCCAUCUAAUACCAUUAUCAUAUAAUUAUAUUCAAAGAACACAAUUUUGUUAUAAAAAUGGUAACAUACAUUCUAAUACGAUAUGUAUUUUAAAACAUAAA